AUGGCGAAAUUGUUUGAUAACCCCGCCGAGUUGAGUGCCGGUUGGAGUUGUUCACAGGAUGCCCGGACCGAAUGGGCGGUCGAUGGUCGGGAUUGGAUGUUGAACCGGAUGUUCGCGGAGCGGGAGGAGCAGAAGAGGUUCAUCCACCAUUGCCGCGAGGAGUAUUUACGCGCCGUCCGUCGGUGGAAAGAGCAGUUGGUGGUGUUGGUGCAUUUGUCGGCCGGGGCACCCGCGCGAGCGACGGAGUUGUUAAGCAUCCAGCACAAGAACGCCGCGGAAGCCCAGGCCCAGCGAGGGAUAUUCAUCGAGAACCAGAUGAUGGCGUUCGUGAUCACGUAUCACAAAGGGUACAGUGCGAGUGGCCGGUUCAAGGUCAUCCAUCGGUUCGUGCCGGAUGAGGUGGCCGAGUUGGUGGCGUAUUAUUUGUGGUUGGUGCAGCCGUUCGUCGAGUAUUUGCAGUUCGUUUCCGGGCAAUACAUGGACGAGCCGACAUCGUUUUUGUGGGAGCCGGAAGCCGAGGAGGGAUGGGGAGCGGGAGAAGAUGAGGAGAUCCUGUUGUUCGAAUGA